AUGCGCUUCUUGAAUCUCGUUCUCUCUGCAGCAGUUGCUGCUGCUCUCCCCACCCCCGAGAGCUCCGAAGGCAAUCAAUCCCAGCCCUUCUCUCAGAAUGGACUUGCACCUUGGGAUGCCGGCGCUGUGAAUGAAUUUCCCAUCCAUUCGAGCUGCAAUGCAACCCAGCGUCGCCAGAUUGCGCAAGGUCUUAACGAGACUAUUGCUAUUGCCGAACAUGCUAAGAACCAUAUCUUGAGAUGGGGAAAUGAGAGUACGAUCUACAAGAAGUUUUUCGGUGGUCGCCCAACCAUGGAAACCAUCGGUGCAUUCGAUGUCGUGGUCAAUGGGGAUAGGAAAGACCUUUUGUUCCGAUGUGACAACCCAGAUGGAAAUUGCGACAUUGAAGGCUAUGCCGGACACUGGCGAGGCGAAAAUGGCACUCAUGAGACAGUCAUCUGCGACUUGAGCUACCAAACCCGUCGUUCCCUCUCAACUAUGUGCGGCCUUGGAUAUACAGUCUCGCAAUCUGAAACCAAUACCUUCUGGGCUACCGAUCUCCUGCACCGCCUAUAUCAUGUUCCUGCCAUCGGACAGAACUGGGUAGACCAUUUCGCAGACGGAUAUGAAGCGGUCGUUGACAUGGCGAAGACGAAUGCGACGCUGUCAACCCAUGAUUCGGAGAGCCUUCAGUAUUUUGCACUAGAGGUAUAUGCUUACGACAUUGCUGUGCCGGGAGUUGGCUGUGCAGGUGUCCAACAUACGCACGAUGAAGCUGAUGAAGCUGAUGCUCAAACAACAUCCGCGGCUGUGACUAGUCAGUCAACUCCUACUGCAACAACCACCGAUGCCCCUUCGACAACCUCCUCAGUACCUGCGAACUGCCAUACACAUGACGGAGGCGUGCUCCACUGCACUUGA